CAAAAGGGAUAUGAAAAAUGCAAAUAGCCAAAUCGAGUUCAAUGAAAAAUGCUGCUAACCCGAACAUACGAGUACUUGUGUGCGAACAGAUCCACAGGCAAGCGAGUGCCAGUGGCUUGAAGGUGUCCGAGUCCGAGUCCGAAUCGGAACACAAAUGGGACUCACUGGGAGUUUGCUAAUUGUGGCUGACUGGUAAGCUGGUAAACCGAAGAAAGCAACAUCAUAAGCAAACGCAGAAGCAAAAGCAAAAGCACAGGCGAAAAAUGAAAGCGAAAAAUGUAUUAAAUGCUACCGCAAAAUAGAGCAAAAAGUAAAACCAAUCAGAGGGCAAAAAAGGAAAUUGCACAAAAGGGAUGGCGAGGGGAGUUGCCGAAUGUAAAAAUUGAUUUCUGCGGUUUCAGCCAGUGGACAUCGAACAUCGGAUAUUGCUCAUAUAUGACUUAAAAUCACAGUGCUGCGGACACAAACACCAACAAAAUUCACUAAUUAAUCAAUAAAUAAUCACAUUUGUGGACAAAAAGUCAACAGAAUGCCACUGCCGGCGAUUAAACUACGAAGCGUUUUCAUCCUUGCCACUGUCUACAUAGCAACCCUGCCAGGGCUGACUGUGGGGCUGCGCGAUGUCAAUGUUCGCAUCCCAUCGGCCGUUAAGCGCGGCGAUAAUGCGCUCUUAAUCUGCAAUUAUGACAUCGAGAACGAUACGCUGUACACGGUGAAGUGGUACAGAGGCCGCAGGGAGUUCUAUCGCUACACGCCAAAGGAGAAUCCGGCCUGGAAGAUAUUCACGAAAACGAAUGAAAUCGAUGUCGAGACAACUCAAUCGAAUGCCAGCCAUGUGCUGCUGCGAAAUGUCCCCACCUCUAUAUCGGGGAAAUUUGCGUGCGAAGUGUCUGCCGAUGCUCCCACCUUUGACACCUCCAUUGUGGCUGCCGACAUGGAGGUUGUGGAAUUACCAACCCAACGACCGAUUAUAACUGGGAUUCACUCCCGCUAUCGCCUUGGAGACAUUGUCAACGGCAACUGCUCCUCGGACUACUCCAAGCCGGCUGCCAACCUCACCUGGUGGAUCAAUGACAUACAGGUGCCGCCCAAUUACUUGCGCAUCUACGAAAUCCAGCGUCACCUGGCCGAGCACCUGGAGUCGGCUGUUCUGGAAAUCAAUUUCGUGGUGACCGUGCAUCACUUUAUAAAGGGACGCUUGAAGCUUAAGUGUUCGGCCCGUAUACACGAUAUCUAUGCACAGGAGAGCGAGAAAAUGCUUGAGGAAGAUCGUCCGAGGAUUCUGGCCUCCGGUCGCUCCCCGGACAUGAACAUGUACCCCUUCGAUCAGCCCGGGGAUGUGGAUGAGCACAAUGAACUUUUCUUGACGCACAAAAAUGUUGGCUCCUCUGCCGCUGGACUGCGGCUGGCCCUGGUCAACUGGAACUGGAAAUGGAAUCUGAUGCAGGGCAAUCAGCUGCUCACCUUCCUGCUGCUUGCACUUCUGUGGCCGGCCAUCUGGCUAUGUGCCUGGCGACACUUCGGCUUCGUGAACUGGAACCUGUUCUGGCACAGUCGCUGCAACGCGGAUGAGACGAAACGGUGAUGAGUCGGCCACAGUACGAGUCAAGUCACCGGCCACGGCAGGAGAGAUGGACUUCAGGCAGGCCCCAAUGAGUGGGCUGGCCAACGAGGCUUUAGUUUCAGGUUCAUCGAAUUCGGUAGACGGCGAACCCCUUUGGAUCAUCACCGAAACAAUUAUAGAACUCAUAAUAUAUAUAUAUAUACAUAUAUAGCGAAUCGAAUAGCAAAUUACGAAUACAGAGCAGAGGUCCUCAGCAUACCGAAUAUACCUACUCACAUAUACCUAUACCUAUGUUAAGUACGUAACUGUAAAAACCAUACAUUUUCAAAAUGUUGCAUCCUUCAUAACCCCAUAAGUCGUAUGUAUGUAUCCAGUCAAAACCCGGGAGAGGACUACCCGGCGGGGGAAGCCCCCGCUAACCCUACGUCAAGUGUAAAUAACCGUCACAUAAUCACAUGCAUGUACUCUCUAAGCCAGACUUCCAACAAUUGCUUUCCCUCGGUUCGUUAAAGGUCUAAGGAAUCCCUAAUUGGGACUGCGGUUUCUGGGAAAAUCCAUAGUUCUCUUCGCAUCUGUUUCGAAAAGUGUUGGUUUGAAAAACUGUACAACUGUUUAGCCAUAGAGUUAUCUUAAGUGUGAUCCUGAGUUAAAAGUGUGCGAAAGGACUAUUGAACGAAGCCAAAUAAAGUUUCUUUUAUUUGA